ACUCUCGUUCCAAUUUGGAAAGGGCCACAUGUCAGGGUUUCUCACUGGCCCAUAGCUACAUUUUCCAUAAAACUGCAGGAAAAUUCGGUACAAAAGAAUGGUGAAGCAAGGAAACCUUAGCAAUCAUGGAAAGCGCUAGGAAAUAAGACGUUAGCAAAAAGAUAGGUAGCACCGCCCUCAAUUAGCGAGAAAAAACGGAUGGACGCGCAAUCAAAGUGACGUGUACUUCAAGCCCAUCGCCAAUAGUGUUGGAUAGUUGCGCGUAACAAGGCCUAUAUAUUCGUGCCGCCCUGUCCACCACGCUCAAAGUUCAGAAUUUCAGGAGUUUACAGCCUUUUACACUGAUCAGAAUCAUCUGUUUUCAUUAUUCUGUUGCCUGUGUUCGGAGAUGGCAUUAACUUUGACGGCUCUGCUCUCUAAGGCGGCGGAGAAAUUCCCCGAUCAGAAAGCGUUGAUCGUAUCGGGCAAACACGAGUUGCUUCAUUCGGAGCUCCAAAGGAUCGUUGGCGAAUGCGCGGCUCAGAUCAGAAAUGCUGGUAUUUUGCCCGGCGAUGUCGUUGCUCUCACUUUCCCGAAUUCCAUCGAGUUUGUUAUAUUGUUCAUGGCCGUCAUACGAGCCAGAGGCGUAGCGGCCCCUCUGAACGCAGCCUACACGGCAGAGGAAUUCGAGUUUUAUCUGAAGGACUCAAAAUCGAAGCUCCUUUUUUUGCCAUCCGAAGGCAACGCGGCCGCGGAAACGGCCGCCGUGAAUCUGAAACUCCCGGCGGUGGCCGCUCGGUUCGACAAAUCUUCCGACGGUGUCGCAGUCGUUGGAUUUCUGCCAAAGUCGGCGAGCUCUUUCAAGCCCUGCAGCAGCGCCACUGAGGCGGAGGCCGUACCGCUGGAAAACGUGGAAGACGACGUGGCGUUGUUCCUGCACACGUCAGGAACAACGAGUCGCCCGAAAGGCGUGCCUCUAACUCAGCAAAAUCUGGCGGCCUCGACGGAACACAUCAGGGACACCUACGAGCUAUCCACCUCGGACACCACAGUAAUAACGUUGCCUCUGUUCCAUGUCCACGGCCUCGUGGCGGCUCUGCUAUCGUCGCUCGUUUCAGGAGCAACGGUUGUACUACCGGCGGCGGCGAGGUUCUCGGCCUCCACCUUCUGGAACGACAUGAAAGUUUACGGAGCCACGUGGUACACUGCGGUGCCCACGAUUCAUCAGAUUCUCCUCGAUCGCCAUUACGCCAAACCAGAGGAUGCUUACCCGAAGCUCCGAUUUAUAAGAAGCUGCAGCGCUUCGUUGGCUCCGGUGAUCUUGGAGCGCCUGGAGAAUGCUUUCGGAGCACCGGUGCUCGAAGCCUACGCAAUGACGGAGGCCUCACAUCAGAUGACAUCGAACCCGUUACCGCACCGUGGGCAACGUAAACCGGGGUCCGUCGGCAAACCCACCGGAUUAGAAUUAGCCAUUCUUAACGAAACCGGCGUGGUGCAACCGCCUGGUGCCAGUGGCGAGUUUUGUAUUCGUGGCUUAAAUGUGACCAAGGGAUACCAGGACAAUCCAGAGGCCAAUAAAACCGCCUUUCAGUUUGGGUGGUUUCAUACCGGAGAUCUCGGUUACCUCGAUGAAGAAAAUUAUCUUUUCUUGAUCGGCAGAAUCAAGGAGCUCAUCAACCGCGGAGGCGAGAAAAUAUCCCCGGUAGAAGUAGACGCAGUGCUUUUAUCGCACCCGGCGGUCGCUCAGGCGGUGGCGUUUGCUGUGCCGGACGAGAAAUACGGCGAAGAGAUAAAUGCUGCAGUGGUUCCUCAAGAAGGCGCGACGGUGAACGAAGAUGAUAUAAUUACGCACUGUAAAAAGAAUUUGGCGGCGUUUAAGAUUCCCAAGAAGGUUUUUGUGACGGAUUCUCUUCCUAAAACGGCUAGCGGUAAAAUUCAGCGACGAGUUAUGGCUGAACAUUUUGGUGUAACAGCUCGUGCUAAGAUGGGCGCUUAAUUUCAAUUAAAAAAACACAGAAAAAAUGAUGGGCGCUUUAAUGAAUGUCCCUGAACGACUUAUCUUAACCGCUGGUUUUGAAAGAUUUUUGAUGUUCCAAAGCGGGCUGGCCACCUCAUGAUGAUAUCAUGUAUAAAAUGCUCUCAUUAAAGGAAGCAUAUUCACAGGAUCAAUAUAUAUUGUUUUUUGAUUUAAUUUA